GGGGCGGCGCCGAGGCCCGGCCGGAGCGGGAGGCCGAGCGGAGCGGGCGCGGCGUCCGGGGCGAGGGGCGCGGGCCGGCGAAGAUGGCGAACGUGGGGCUGCAGUUCCAGGCGAGCGCCGGGGACGCGGACCCGCAGAGCCGGCCGCUGCUGCUGCUCGGGCAGCUGCACCACCUGCACCGCGUGCCCUGGAGCCACGUCCGCGGGAAGCUGCAGCCCCGGGUCACCGAGGAGCUCUGGCAGGCCGCUCUAAGCACGCUCAACCCCAACCCCACGGACAGCUGUCCCCUCUACCUGAACUAUGCGACCGUGGCCGCCCUGCCCUCCCGGGUGAGCCGGCACAACAGCCCCUCAGCCGCGCACUUCGUCACCCGACUUGUGCGGACCUGCCUGCCGCCCGGAACUCAUCGUUGCGUUGUGAUGGUCUGUGAGCGGUCUGACGCCUUCGCCUCCGCCUGUGCCCUGGCCCGCGCCUUCCCGCUGUUCACCCACCGCUCAGGUGCUUCGCGGCGCCCAGAGAAGAAGACGGUCACUGUGGAGUUUUUCCUGGUGGGACAAGACAACGGGCCUGUGGAAGUGUCCACUUUGCAAUGCUUAGCAAGCGCCACAGAAGGCAUACGGCUGGCCGCCCGCAUUGUGGACACACCCUGCAAUGAGAUGAAUACAGACACUUUCCUCGAGGAGAUUAAGAAAGUUGGAAAAGAUCUGGGGAUCGCCCCAACCAUCAUCCGGGACGAGGAGCUGAAGACAAGAGGAUUUGGAGGGAUCUACGGCGUUGGCAAAGCUGCCCUCCACCCCCCAGCUCUGGCAGUCCUCAGCCACACCCCAGAUGGAGCCACCCAGACCAUUGCGUGGGUGGGCAAAGGGAUCGUCUAUGACACCGGGGGUCUCAGCAUCAAAGGGAAGACCACCAUGCCGGGGAUGAAGAGAGACUGUGGUGGUGCUGCGGCCGUCCUGGGGGCCUUCAGAGCUGCUGUCAAGCAGGGUUUCAAAGACAACCUGCAUGCGGUGUUCUGCUUGGCCGAGAAUGCAGUGGGGCCCAAUGCGACGAGGCCCGAUGACAUCCACCUGCUGUACUCAGGAAAGACUGUGGAAAUCAACAACACGGAUGCUGAGGGCAGGCUGGUGCUGGCGGAUGGCGUGUCCUAUGCCUGCAAGGACCUGGCUGCUGAUAUCAUCCUGGACGUGGCUACGCUGACUGGAGCGCAGGGUAUCGCCACCGGCAAGUACCAUGCCGCCGUGCUCACCAACAGCGCCGAGUGGGAGGCGGCCUGCGUGAAGGCCGGGCGCAAGUGUGGGGACCUGGUGCACCCGCUCGUCUACUGUCCUGAGCUGCACUUCAGCGAGUUCACCUCAGCCGUGGCAGAUAUGAAGAACUCAGUGGCGGACCGGGACAACAGCCCCAGCUCCUGUGCUGGCCUUUUCAUUGCCUCACACAUCGGCUUCGACUGGCCUGGGGUCUGGGUCCACCUGGACAUCGCCGCACCUGUGCACGCCGGUGAGCGUGCCACCGGCUUCGGCGUGGCCCUCCUGCUGGCGCUCUUCGGACGAGCCUCUGAGGACCCUCUGCUGAACCUGGUGUCCCCGCUGGGCUGUGAGGCAGACGCCCAGGAGGGGGAUGUGGAGAGGGACUCCAAGAGGCGCAGGCUCGUGUGAGGCUGGCCGCCUUCCUGGCCCGGCCACAGGGCUCGGCUUCACUUUGCACUGACUAAUUUUAAGCAAUUGGAAGUUUCUACCUUAAGGUGGGCUUUGAUUUGUUUUUGUUUUUAGUUGUCAUGGUGAUGGAAAUGCCUCCUUAUGUCUUAGAGGACAGCUUAGGGGUUGGUGGGGCCCUGGGGGAGGGGCGGGAAGCUCUGGGCUGUUUCUGUUUGCGUUGCUGGCCAGCUUCUGCAAACUCCUGAGGCCUCCGCAUGACCUUGAGCCCCAGGACGCAUGGAUUGCCCCAACGCCUUUGGCCUGGUGGCCCUCAGGCCUCUUGCCUCCACUUGGUGGCCAAGGUGGGUGCCCAUGCCGUUUCUAGCCCCAGGCCGCAUACAUGACACCCACGUUACAGAGAGCCCAGGCCUGUUCCCCAGCCAGGGCUGCCACUGUCUCCAUAUAACUCACCCCCUGUGAAAGGAUGGAGAUGACUUGCUUCAAGGACCCAAUUUUAUAGAG